UCCAGCUAGUGGCUCUGGCAUGGCAGGAUCGUCCAGGACUGGCCGUGGUCACGUGCACUCUCCAUUUCAGAGCAAGGGGGACGGGUAACUAACCCAGCCCCAGGUCAGAGCGUCAGUGGCAGGUGCUGUUGGAUUCAGGCUGUGGCACCACAUCUAGGGGACAAAGAGCGCAUCGGUUGUCCCCACCCUGCAGCCCUUGGCAUCCAUGUCUUCUCUCUCCGCGCCAUAAAGCCAGAGUUCCCAUUCCAGUCACUACAAUCACCCUCCUUGCACCAGGCCUUCCGGGUGUGGGGCAUGUUCACCUCUGGCCUGUGUGGACCGCUGUGGGGAGGCGUGGCCAGCAAGGUGCUGAGCCAAGUAGCUUUUAUGGGAUCCUGCUGCUCCAAAAGAGGAUCCAGGAGGCUGAACUAGAAUUAAGUUAGAAUCUUUCGGUUCCCCUUCUGGCUGGGCUCCCCGCAGGAACCAGGAACGGGCUGGCCAGGAGGACAUGAUGGACCAGGAGGAGAUGACAGAGGCAAAGCCAGACCCUUCCUGUUCCACCUUGCAGAGGCUGUCCCAACGCGAGGUGAGGCCAGGUGCCUGGGGGACAUCGAUGCCUGACCAGAGCCCAGCCUGGACAGCCUUCCAGCAAAGGCUGGGCCCUGGCUGACCGUAACGGCCCAGGAGAGUGAGGACACGGGAGUCUCGGGGCUGGAGGAGCUGGCUGACCAGAUGGUGCCUGACACUGUGUUGAAAACAGGGUAGCAGUCCCCAGAGGCUGAGGGGCCAAAGUAGCCUGUCCACCCAGAGUGGCGAGGCCCACGCCUGUGCAGGAGGCCUGAGGCAUGGGGUGGCAUCCCUCACAGCUGUGCCCACCCAGCCCGUGCGCAGGGCGAUGUGCUCCUAUGUCUGGGCAGUGAGCUGGGCCCCGCGGUGAGAGCAGCAACGGCUUGAUUUCACACGGAGCCACUAGGGAGUGGGCCGUCCCCUUGGCCAUACCCGUGGGGGACCCAGUUCAUCUGUGGAAUUCAGGACCCCAGAGUAUUUAAUCCGCCAUCUCAGGACCUCCGCUGGGGAGCUGGGGCAGUUGGGUGGGUGGUCCUGCUGGGCUUCCGUGGUGCACGCCAGGGACCUCAGAAUGGAGCGUCCCGCUGAGCCAGCGGCUCUGCUUCAGGCCCAAGAGCAGGGAGUAACAGAGAGGCCUGCUCAGGCAGAACAGGUGACACUAGUAGCGGGUGCUGCACCCCAAACACUUGCCAUCCGACUGUGGGGGUGGGGCAGCCCUUCUUUCCUUAGUCCUGGCAUGUUGGGUGGGCCAGCUUGGUGGAGAGCUGGCCCUGCUGACCCGCGAUCCGCCCUGGGUUCCCCAUGGCCUGGAGGCAGGAGGAGAUGGCCACUGCAUCCAGCGUCGCCUCCUGGCGCUGCGGGCCCCUGACGGACAGAGGACGCUCGACCCGUGCCCGCCACCGCCCAGGGAGUCGCCCGCCUCCCAGGCACCCGUCCUCCUCCCUGCCUGGAGCUCAGCUCUCGGGGUUGGCUAGGGAGUGAUGGGGAGUGGAAUCCAGCGUCACCAGGUCACCCUUCCAGGACCCUUUUCUCCAGCUGGGACGAGAGGGAAUCAAAAGAAAGUCAGACACGGCUCAGGAGGUCCACGCCGAGAGUGAAGGGUAAAAGCUCACACUGGCAAACUGGAGCGCGCGGCCCCUCCGCAGAGGACGGAGGCUCAGGAGGCGGGGACGCGCCUGAAAACAGGGCGGGAGCGUUUCCAACCCCCGCGGACUGCGAUGCAGUAGAAAACGCGGCCGCCUGCACCGGAGGAAUUCUCCAGAAAUACGGGCGUGCCUGGGUGUGCGCUCAACUUCCCCGGGCAAGGGACGUUUCUGCACUUGCCCUGGGCCUUCUGAACUUUGUACUUGGGUCCUGUGUCCCUGCAGACCUGUGACCACACACGCACACGCAGGCGCGCGCACACGCGAACUGACGGCUCGCCGGCGAUGCUGGAGGCUUUCACAGAACCCUCCGGACGCGUUAAGCUCUCCCAGGUCCCACCCCUGACACCGUGGCACCCCCAGACCCACUGCGCCCUCGCACUCGACGCGGGUCCCUGGGGGAAGCGCUCGCUGCGCCCUCGUCUCCCUUGGAGGAGACACUGGUCCGCCCGGCCGGCUUCUCCCUCCAUGGGGACGCUCCCUGACGCCUGUCCUCGCGGGCCCUCCCACGCGGGGCGCUUCCCUCUGAGACCUGAACCCAGUCGGGAGGCUCGCGGAGGCCGAGGCGCACUGUGGGGCCCGGCCCGGCCCCUUCCCCGCCCUUCCCCGCCCCCUCGCUCCGCCUCCGGCCUCCUCCGAGAGCUCCAGACCUCCCGGCUACUCGGAAGUCCUCUGACUGCCCGGACCGCGCGAUGGAGGCGACUGGCAGCGUCGGGGAGGCCCCGGGCGGACCCCGGGUGCUGGUGGUGGGCGGCGGCAUCGCGGGGCUGGGCGCGGCGCAGAGGCUCUGCGGUCACUCCGCCUUCCGGCACCUGCGGGUCCUGGAGGCCACGGGCCGCGCCGGGGGCCGCAUCCGCUCGGAGCGCAGCUUCGGUGGCGUGGUGGAGGUGGGCGCGCACUGGAUCCAUGGGCCCUCCCGGGGCAACCCCGUCUUCCAGCUGGCUGCUGAGUACGGGCUGCUGGGGGAGAAGGAGCUGUCCGAGGAGAACCAGCUGGUGGAGACCGGGGGUCACGUGGGCCUGCCCUCGGUGAGCUACGCCAGCUCCGGGGCCCGCGUGAGCCUCCAGCUGGUGGCGGAGAUGGCCACUCUGUUCUACGGCCUGAUAGACCAGACCCGGGAGUUCCUGCACGCUGUGGAGACCCCGGUGCCCAGCGUCGGGGAGUACCUCAAGAAGGAGAUUGGCCAGCACGUGGCCGGCUGGACAGAGGACGAGGAGACCAGGAAGCUGAAGCUGGCCAUCCUGAACUCCUUCUUCAACCUGGAAUGCUGUGUGAGCGGCACCCACAGCAUGGACCUGGUGGCCCUUGCACCCUUUGGGGAGUACACCGUGCUGCCGGGGCUGGACUGCACCUUUUCUAAGGGCUACCAAGGGCUCACAAACUGCAUGAUGGCCUCCCUGCCGGAGGACACCGUAGUUUUUGAGAAGCCUGUGAAGAUCAUCCACUGGAACGGGUCCUUCCAGGAGGCAGCCUUUCCCGGGGAGACCUUUCCAGUGUCGGUAGAGUGUGAGGAUGGAGACCGGUUCCCGGCGCACCACGUCAUCAUCACCGUGCCCUUAGGUUUUCUUAAGGAACAUCUGGACACCUUCUUUGACCCUCCCCUGCCGGCUGAGAAGGCAGAAGCAAUCAGGAAGAUAGGCUUUGGGACCAACAACAAAAUCUUCCUGGAGUUUGAGGAGCCCUUCUGGGAGCCAGACUGCCAGCUGAUCCAGCUGGUGUGGGAGGACACGUCGCCACUGGAGGACGCUGCCCCCGCGCUACGGGACACCUGGUUCCGGAAGCUCAUUGGCUUUGUGGUCCUGCCUUCCUUUGCGUCUGUCCACGUUCUCUGUGGGUUCAUUGCCGGGGUUGAGUCUGAGUUCAUGGAGACUCUGUCGGAUGAAGAAGUACUUCUGUGUCUCACCCAAGUGCUCCGGAGAGUGACAGGAAACCCACGGCUCCCCGCGCCCAAGAGCGUCCUGCGAUCUCGCUGGCACAGCGCCCCGUACACUAGGGGCUCCUACAGCUACGUGGCCGUGGGCAGUACUGGGGGCGACCUGGACCUACUGGCUCAGCCCCUCCCUGCAGACGGCGCCGGUGCCCAGCUCCAGAUCCUGUUUGCGGGGGAAGCCACACAUCGCACGUUUUACUCCACGACCCAUGGGGCUCUGCUGUCGGGAUGGAGGGAGGCCGACCGCCUCCUCGGUCUGUGGGCCCCGCAGGUGCAGCAGCCCAGGCCGAGGCUCUAGCUGGGCCCAGCCUACUCUGUUCCACCUGUGCCGGGGGAGGAUGGGACCCUCAUUUCCUCUGACAGAUUUCAAUCUGGCUUGAGAUUUGGGGAUGUUAAUGAGGGUCCUCUGGUUUUUGGUAACUGGGGCCACCUUCUCAGUUCUUGUGUCUGUUGUUGGAGUCUGGCCAGGGUUGACUUGAGCUGAGACACCGGAUGCUCACGGAGAUGCUGGACACAUAAAGCAAGUUACAGCCACA